AUGUCCGAUCACAUUCGUAUACGAAGCAUCAGUCUUCGGUCAAUUCGUGGCAUAUACUUUCGAAAGGGUGCACGUACCUGGAGGAUAGAUCGUGUCAGUUAUGUCUUUACGUCAGUACAGGGUUCUCGUCGUCUUGCUAUCAAAAUAGAUCGACCAAGCUUGCAUAUCGAGAAGGAGGAUGAAAGCAUCAUAAAACCAAAACCCAAGAACCACCGACAUACUCGCAAUCUUACACUUGCAGACUUCAAUCCAUCUCCUCUUGCUCAGUAUGCCUGGAAAGCUUUAUCAGGAAUGAAGAACAUUCUGGAACCAUAUCUCCGCCCUCUCAUUCGUACCUAUGUUAUUGCGUGCAUUCGCAUUGCAAUCCAAUGGCUUCCUAAACUUACUCAGGCGCUCUCUUUUGAUGUCCAUUCUGUCGAGGUCACAUUUGCUGAGGUUCCUGGGGCCAAACUCGUUGCCGAGGAAAUCAAUCUGAACGCUGCAUUAUUACUUACGUAUUUAGAGCAACCUCCUCAACCAAUAAAGACAAAGGAGUCCAGAACGCGCCCAGACAACUACCCUGCAUAUGGGAUGGGAAUCUUGAAAAGACGUAUGGCGGAAAGCUUUCAAAGAUCAUUGGACAAGGCGUUGGGUGGAACUCGCGGUACAGGGACUUUAUCCCUCAAGAUAAGCAAUAUUCUUGGAAGCAUACCACGCUCGGAACAUGAUUCCUUGAGUGUUUUGUUCCUCGUUUCCCCCGGUGUUAUAGACCUAGGAAUAUCAGUCAAAUUCAAUCCCAGAGAAGGAGCUCUAGAAACCCAGGGUCUCCAGAUAUCUUUCAAAAUGGGCGAUUGCUCGGCAAAGGUUGAUUUAUUGAACCUUUUGCUAGAAAAAGUUCUACCAAAGAAGUCUCAGCAAGCGACGAUUGUCCCAUCCUUGUCGUCACCUAUAUCUGAAUACGGUAGCACCGUUCUUGGGACACCUGUGAGUUCAACCGCUCACCGACCAACGGCGUUACCUUCGCCGACACCGUCCUUUGCUUCAUCCUUUUUUUCGCCUAAGUCUAUGUUUUCUCCGUCUGGUCUAAUGUCACCAAGACCGUCGCUGUUGUCUCCAAACUCUGCCCAAUAUCUCUCUCCCCGAUCCCCAAAAUCACCAUCAUCACCAUUUUUUCAGGCUAUAUCAGCUUCUAUGCGGCCCCGUCGUCGAUUCCUUAUUCAGUCACCGACAAAGUUGAAAGAUUUCAGAGACAAGUCGAAGUUAUUGGUCUUGCACAGCAUCCACAUAUCAAUCGCUUCUAUAGGUCUGUCGGUAUUAAGUGAAGCAAAAUCUGGUCCAUAUAAAGCCAUGGUCAAGGACAUUACAGCAAACAUAUCCAUCAGUGACCCUUCGACCAACCUUUUUCAUAAAAAACAUCUCGGAUCACGCCGUAUAAAUGGUGGAUAUGAUCCUGAAGCGUAUUCACUCAAUCUUAGCCUUCGUCAAAUCACCCUUGAACGAGAAUCAAGGCAUCAUACUGUGUCUCUCGCGAAGGGGGGGCAUUUAAAGAUACAAGUGCUGGCGUUUCAAUGGCCUGCGCCAUUCUUAUCACCAUCGCCAUUUCUUGCGAAUGAUCCCAAUGCCCCUUUUUUAGGGAUAGACAUCAAUCUUUCGGACGCCCACCUAUCCGACCGGAUCCAAGACCUAAAACGAUUGCUAGAAUUUGUGCCUUCACCGCAACAACCUACCCAAACCAAUUCUCCUGAAACAACACCCGUUCUAUGCACCACAUCUCAACCAUUCUCUAUUCCGCGACUCGUUCUCGACGUCAAUUGCGGACCAAUCACUGGGCGGAUUAUUUAUGACACCGAUAACGGUGAGACACACCGAGCCAUAGAACUGAGAAACAAUGGUUUCGUUGUUUCUCUCGACACAAACUACAACCAUCCUACACCCUCGAUUUCACGGACAUUUCCAGCGGCCAGUUCAGUGCAGGCUCUGUACUUCAAGGCCGGAUUACUGUUACAUCUAGAACCGACGUUGGUCCGAGUAAGAUCGCAACAUUUUAUGGGUGGUCAUACUUCAAAAUCGAGCACUUCUGAUGAAGACUUCUUAGACGAUCCUCCUUUGCUAUCUGUUGGUAUAAUUGAAGUCAAAGCAGCAGCAAGUGCUAUUGCCCAAAUAGAUGGAGCAACUAACUCGGUCCCCGUCAUCGAAAAGGCAUCCACUAUUGUGGAACUUUCUUCUGAACUCGAAACUAUAUCUAUCGAGCUAUGGCAUCCUAUAUCAGUAGAUGCUGCCCUUCAAGUCCUGUCGCUUAUACCCCCAAGACGGCAAUCUCAAUCUCAGCGGCUGCAACGGCAAACUCGUUUUUCCAAGCUGCCUACAGGUUUAUUUACAAGGCUUGCUAUUGGACGUUUUGUCUUGUUCAUCACCGGACCUGAUAUCAGCCCCGACGACACUAUGGAUCUAUCAAGAGGAUUUGCGCUACGGACCUCCCCUUCACUGGAAUACUGCUCUUUGCGGCCGAACCAAGACCAUUGGUUUGAUAAUCUUCGCAGGUCAAAGAAAAGAACUCUACUGCGGCUACCUUCUGAAACUCUAACCGACGCUCUUGUUGCCGCAAAAACCUUUUCUCUAUUUGGAGAAAAAUCUGGAUUUCUCAAGGCAAAGAUGAAUAACUUCGUUCUUCGCGCAGCCGUUGCAACAACAUAUGAGCCAGACGAGCCAGCGAUCGUGGGGCGUGAGGAUUUGCUUGAUCAUUCACAGGAUCUUUUGCGUAUAGAUCACGCAUUGGUUGAUGUGUGUUUGUCUUGCAAGUCUUCAUCAAACCGCCUAGAGCUCAUAGACAUCUGCGAUGUUUCUAUUCAAAUCCCUCUUAUACGUAUUGACUUUCAGCUGGUCCAUGUUUAUAACAUCCUUCUUGGUCUCCAAACAAUCCGCAUUAUAAACCCUCCAGAUCCGCCCAGCUUAUCCAACCACACGCUACAAAGUGUUGGUGACGAAAGGGCCGAUGUUGUUUUAUCAGUACAUGGAAAUGUAACAGCUAUUCAGGCUGUCGUCAUUUUACCCACCCAAAAGUUGAUUCUACGUAUGGAUGGGUUCAGUGGCCAUUUGAACUCCGAAGGACCUCCAAGAUUAAAAUGGACAAGAACUACGGCUUACGUUUUACUUCCAUCACAGAUCAAUCGUUGGGAAGAGGUAUCAGAAUCCAAGUGGGAUGAAUUCGUAACCCUGCAAACUUGGGAAAUCUCGUUCACGCAGCUCGCGGGAUCUCUGUGCGUGUCUGUUGAUGGUGAUAGUGCACGUUUACGGAUUCCACAUGGAUUUGUAUUGGCCGAAUUGGUCAAAGAUCUGUCUGUGUCCAUGAAGGCAAUCAAGCAUAUGGCUCAUAUGGCGAGUGCCGGGUGUUAUUCAAAAAUGCCCUCGCCCUCACCUGAAGGUCCUAAAUCCGUUCCUCAUCUCACAAUACGAUUGGCGACAUUGUGCUUGGAAGCUCAAGACGACCCUUUUGAAAGCAAGCUCGGGCUAAUAUGGCGGACAGGCGCGGAGGCAGUCAAACAACGUAUGGACCGUGAACAAGCAUUCAAUGCCAAAGCUGCAGCCGUGUUACUUGCCGAGCCUGACCUGUCCUCAGAAGUUCCUGAGAUCGGCGAAGCAGAGAACGAAUAUCAGUUCGAUGCAAAACACUCGGUCUCGAUAAAGGAAGCCAGAGCAAGGUUAGACGAGGUUCACGUCUUAGAUUGGAUUCUUCGCCUUGAUCGUGCUAAGAAAAGACGCAUCAAAGAGGCAGACGCGCUGUUGCAUGCACUGUUUGGCGCCUCUGUUUCUUUGGCUCCCGACUCACUAUUGGAUUUCAUGAAACUGCCAGAAAUUUCGUCUGAUCCUCCACUUUUCCGAGCUGUGUUGCAAAACUUAUGCCUUACUAUCUCCCCGCCCAGCUUUAGCCUUGAUUCACUUCCAGAUGCUUUGUAUAAUAUGGGCAGUGGUAUACCCCGUGAUACAAAGUAUUCUCUACUUGUUCCUCUCCAUAUCCACUUUACCUUGACAACUAUGCAUAUAACGUUAAGAGAUUAUCCUCUUCCCUUGUUGAGUAUCUCUGAUCAGUCCUCAUCCGCUAUUUCAUGGACCUUCGACACGGACUUCAUUGCCGCCGAAGAAAUGGGAACUGAUCGAUCCGUAGAUUGGGUUCCGUGUCCAAUCGUAGAACCUCAUCAAGCUCGUCAUGGAGAAGCGCCAUUCUCCAUUCUUGUCCCAAAAACCAUCAUGCCUGUCAAAACAUACGCCGCACCGAUCAUAAAAAUUACAACUCGAGAUCCUACGGUCUUCUCCUGGGGAGUGAGUUACGGCCCCGCCAUUCAAGAUUUAAUGCGAAUUGUCGACACACUUUCAAGUGCUCCUCGAGAUUCCUCGCCUGCUAUUGGUUUUUGGGAUAAAAUGCGGCUUGUUUUCCAUUGGACUGCAAAGGUUACCUUCCGCGGGGACGUUCGCCUUUACAUUAAAGGGAGUCGUGACCCGUAUAGUGUUUUUGAUACUGGUGCCGGAUUUGUGCUUUGUUGGCAAGGACUUCCUGAAAUCAGAAUUGGCUACGAAAAUCCACAGCAAGAACUGAUUCAAGUGACCAGUGAUAAAAUGUUGAUUGCUAUUCCAAACUUCAACAACGGUCUAAGUCUUCAAAAAGGUUCAUUGAAUACGACUAAACCCUUUGAGAAAGUCUGUGCUCGUUUGACGUCAGGCGUUCGGUUCGGCAUUGGUUUUGUUCUUGAAAGAUCAUGUGGUCCCGACUGCCCAUACGAGAACUGUGCAGGUUCACCGUUUCAUCGAAAGUGCCGGUAUUUCUCAUUCAGACCUCAUUUUGAUGUCAAACUCGAAAUGAAACCAUCACCCCCAUCCUAUAAAGCUCGUGAUGACUCGUACAACGGCUUUCGGUCUGACUUCAUUCAUCUGUCUGUAUCCCUAGCCAGUUCGAUGAAGACGAAAGGUCACCAAAUGAAUCCUCAAAUAAGUAAUAUUUAUCUUACGCCGAAGGUUUUUGCCCACUUUUGGUCGUGGUGCUCUCUUUUCGAGGGCGCCUCUCUCCCAAUUCGACAAGGCAAUUAUCAUCCCUCGAGACAUAUAUCACCAAAGCUAGGCCGCCAUCUUGCUACCUUGAAGUAUAAGCUAUCACUUUCAUCCCUAUAUUUUUUGCAUGGAUACAUGGACGACGCUAGAGAAACAUGGGUUGAUGGUGUUACUCCUUGGGUUGGUUUGAAAGGGAAAAUAGAUGAACUUCAGGCUGACCUUCACCAACGUGAUGAAGAAUCGACGACUACUGGACCCAUUUCAAACACGACCAGAGUUGAUAGAAAAAAACCAUUUUAUGCUGCAGAAGUAAUCAUGAGAGGCAUUGAACUCCGUGCUAUGCUCGCGAUUUUUUCAGAACCUAUGAAGCAGAAUACGGAUAUGACGGCCCCCCCACAAAGAAGUAAUUACAGAAAGCAUACGACCCUUCCUAUAACUCCGCCUUCUUCCAUUUGGUAUGACUUGGACGAUUUUGUGGAACUAAAUUGGUCCCUUCCAACAGAUCCCCCUCAACUGCAUCUAUUACCUUUGGCAGGAUGUCCUCAUUUUACAUAUUUCAAACGAAACGAAGCUCUGUCUGGAUCGCCUCAAACCAGUAAAUUUGGGUCUGAACAUUCACACAACUGCCUUCUCGGUAAAGAACCAUCUGUUCCCAAAACGCAGAUAGCUCUGGCUAAUGCUAGAGUCAUGGAGCUCAAGAGUCUUAUAUCGGAGAACAAAGGAAGCAAGGGCACAAGGACAAGAUCAGUGAUGAAAAUGGUUGCUCUCCUGGAAGAAUACGUCAACAUUCUAAAGGAAGUUGAAAUACGUCCAGAAUCUGCUCGAGAGAAGGUUGCUCAGAGUUAUCACAUGCCUGCGGAUAUAGUCUCCUCAGAGGAAUGGGCAGAAUUCGAUAACGUUUACCAAAUACAUUGCCCCAGUAUAUCUAUGGACAGUGCUGUUCGCGACAUCAUGAUGCAAUACUACUACUGCUCUCGAGAUCGACGAGGCUUCGAGUACCAUAUGGCUACAAGGGCAGUCAAGUUUAUUCGAGAUCAAGCCAAUGCCGGUUCCGUCACUGACACCGAGGACGAAAGUAUCAAAAGUCCGACAAACACAGCCCAGCUCGCUGCUGUUGCCUUGCGCAAGAUUCUAAAGGGCGGUAAUGAUAUCAGGACAUCGGUGGAUAUUAUACGCGAAAAGAAUGCUCAGCCUCCCGGCGAAGUAAAGCCUUUAUCAGGCUGGACCGAAGAUGUAUCACUUCGAAAGAGUCAUUGCUGCCUUCUACUAAAACCCCAGAUUAUUCUAAGGGGAGAAGGCGUUAAUGAUACAUGUAUAGUUGCAGCUGCGCAAGCAAAGCUUCAAUCAUUUGCGAUCAUGGACCCUCUAAACAUGGAAGAUCCUAUCAGUGGCAAGAUUAUGUCAAGGAACUAUACGUCACUAACAGGCCUGCAGGCCUUUGCUCCAAUCGAUGGACAAUCAACGAAGAACGGUUCUGUUCCCUUGGAAGUUCUUGUUGAUCUUCGUUGCGAAACUGACGCGUUCGAAAGACUUGUUCCUCAAACGGAAGCCACCUUCCAUUAUGACAAGUUCAAUCGCCUCCGAUUACGCAAUAACAUCACUUCAAUCAUCUCCAGAGCCGAUACCAAUAGUGCUAGUGUAAACGAUAGCCAUCUGCAGAAUCAAACCGAUCUGAUCCGGGUACAUAUACCUCGCUUCACAGUUUCAGCAAACUCUGAACAUUUGAAUGCCAUUUCGAAUAUUGUCACUAAAUUACUCCUCUUUUCUGAUCCCGCACACAAAACAAGGCUGGACAAACUUGAAACGCUAAUUUUCACUUACGACUUCACAGACUUGUCGUCAGCUUCUACAGUGGUUUCCAGCCUACAGGGACGAUUAAGAUCCGCUUUAGAAAUGCAACGUCUCAGUGGAAGGAAUAUUAACCGUAUGGACGAGGAAGACGCUCGCCUUGGAAUGUUGCAACUCAAAGCCCACAUAUUCCUUUUAUCCGAGGAACUAAAUCUCCUAUUUGACACGAUUAAAAUGGCACAAGAUCGUUAUGACGAUCAAGCGGACCAAAAAUCCGCACUCCUUCUGCAUGCUUCGUCAUCCGAAAUAUCAUGGAGAAUGCUAGAUCCACGCCGCAAUCUGCUAUCCAAACUUGUUGUCUCUGAUAUCAAUUUUCAUUGGCUCAGCCGGCAAGAUAGUUCAACGGUCAAUAACUUGACUAUCGGAAAUCUGACGGCGUUUGACGGUUCUCGAUACGCACUUUGGGCAGAAAUUCUUUCCAAGUAUGACGAGCCUCCCAAUCAUCCACUUUUAAAGCGGGGUUUGUUCAUGUCUGCAAGUUGGAUUAUUCUUGCACCUGUUGGAGGUAUCACUAUAUACGAAACUUUUGAGCUGUCUUUUCAUCCCCUUCGUUUGCAACUGGAUGCUAAAGUAGGCCGCCGAAUCAUGGAGUACAUUUGGCCAGAUCGCGGAAAUCGCCAAAUAUCCACACAGGACCCACCAAAGGACCACCAGCAUGGCGUCGCAAUCACUGCGAAGAGCCCAACGACAGGACGCUCGUCUAUUGACUCUCCACGAGGUUUACAUACACCUAAACUAUCGGUUGGUUCGUCUGGUAAACCAGACGCCCCUGCUUUGCGCAAACUUGGGAGCUCUAGAUCAUUCACAGAUUUGCGGUCUUCGGUCAAAGAAGACAACCUACUAAGCCCGCCGUUAUUUUCAAGUGCUCAAGGUUUCUUGAGCCCCCCAGCCUUCCUCAAACGAACCCAUUCCACCGAUUCCGUUAAUUUUACGAGUAUGUUGGAUGCGUCGGUAAUUCCAGGAUUGAACGAUAGUAUUGAUAACGAGGCUGCGGAAAUUGAUCGGAAACUUAAAGCCGCGGGUGACGCACAAGUCAUGAAAACGCGUUCCUCCCAGAAAAGUUUCGUUCUUGUCCGAAUUUCAAGGUCAGUAACUGGUCAACUCGUUAUCAAGGAAGGGUCAUUCGAAUGCCAUGACGCCAAGAUCAAGACUCGAGAACUAGAAUACCGUAACCAGACUUGGAGUUUUGAAGAAUUGGUGAGCCAGUUUAUACCCUCCAAUAUGAGCUGGCGAGGCUGGGUGAAAAUGGCUUUCCACCAACCUCUGGUGCCGGUUCUUCCUGUUGCUCGGGAGCUACUUUCCAAAACCAAAUGGACUGCAUCGAAGACAACGAACCAACCACACGACAAUCCAUUGCGCCUUCUUCAUCCCAAGAUAUUUGCCACCGAUGAUGAUCGUCGUCUUACCAUGCUACAAAAUGAAAACGCAAGAAAGCAAGAAGGACCAUCCAAAUCUGUAUGGAAGAAUGCUUUGCGAAGUAACAAAGAUUCUCCUUCUUUCACAUCGCUUCCAAUUACGGACGAACCUGAACCAAUGGAGUCCGGGGAGCGAGAAGAUGUGGACCAUACCGUAGGUCGCAAACGUGUCAAAAGUCUCUUUGGUAAUAAGAACUCGCGGCAAACGUCCAAAACACGCACCUCCAAGGGGAAAGCAAGUUACGCCAACUUAGAGGACAUUUCUCCAGACUCGGGCCCGGAUAAUCGUCUCAGUGUUGCUGGAACAAGUCCCUCUAAUAGGAACACAUUCUCUAGGUUCAGUGGCGGGUCGGUUCGCGUACAUCCCAGUUCUUCUACACCGCAAUUGCAAUUGACAUCAGAAGAUGCACAACCGUCUCCACUAUCGCAACAGGCAACCCCGGGCAGACCCCGCGCUUUGACCACGACCAGUCGAGUUCAUGAUCAUUGUACAUCACGAACUUCGCAAUUCCUCAGCCCGACUCAAGAUAACAGUCCCGCGUUUCACUCCCCCCAAUUCUCCUCUAUAACACCACGGCUUUCACAUCUAAACCCCCAAGGGUCUGAAAUGAUGAACAUUUCAGGUUUACAACCUGGCAGAUUGUCUUCUAAUGGAGAACUUGGAUUAAUUGAAAAUUCUAUCAAUCUCUCUGACAUGGACGAGGAUGGAGGGGAUCACCAUCAUGAUGACGUUGUGGAGCAUUUGGAUGUUAUUGACUCGCAAGUCGGUGCCAUUUCUAAUCUCACCAAUGCGGCUAACUCGAUCCUGAUUCCACCCUCGUCAUGGUAUUCGCGGAAACCGGUUGUUCUACUGCCUGUAACACCCAUUCGACCUGGUGAUAAUCCGGAAUUCGAAAAUCCCUUAGACAGGCAUGUAGACGAUGUUCUGAAUCGACCAUCCAAAGUUCGGCGCACGUUCAUGGGGGUGUGGUCCUUUUUGAAGACUCGUUCUUCAGCGAUGGGCAUUAUAACCGGAAUAUACGGUUUCUUGGUCGUUUUUUGGGGUGCUGCUAUUGUGAUUUUUUUGGCGAAGAUCAUCAAUUUCCACAAUGCCAAUACCCAAGGAUUCUGGGUUGAAGUAUCCUCUCAGGUUGAAACUGGGCUGUUCACCGUCACUAGCAUCGGACUUAUUCCAUCGCGUGUACUGGAUACAUACAGAAUAUGGAAGAUUUGGCGGUAUAAACAAAAAACAAUAAAACUCCGGAAGAAGGCAGGAUUGCCACAACUUUUCGAUGUUGAUGAUCUCCCAGAUCCAGUCUACGAUCCAAAUUAUGUUCACGUCUUAACGGAAGAAGAGCAGACAGAUCUCCAUAGGCGGCUCAUGGAACGGAAACUCACAGAACUCAUCGACGACAGGUUUCAGCGACCGGCAUGGACCACCGGAAUUCUUAUCCCAGCCAGUUUUCUCUGUGGAAUCGGUGCCGCCGUAGUUAUAUGGAAAGGCGGCGAAAAGACGAAACGAGUUGAAAAAGUUAGGGAGAAGCUCAAAGCAGCACUUUCUACAAGACGUGAUCUACCGCCAUCGAUUGUGGUCGAUGGUACACUGCCUGAAAGUCUGACCCGUAACCCGGAGCCUAAAAUUAUCAGGAAACCCCUCCAUGAGAAGGCAAAGGAUACCAGCGAUCUCGACUUUGCGACGACAAUUGACGAACACAUGACAGUACCCUCGAGGGGAAAUAUUUCGGAGGUUUGA